AAUUAAUCAAUUGGUCUCAAGAUAAGAUUUUUUCUAAACGGAAGCAUUACUGCUGCUACUCGGAAGUUGGCUCUGACGUAGUACAUUGACCGAAGAAGCGUACGCUUCCAUUUUGCUUAGUUAUCUAGACGAGAGGAGAACACGUGCUUUGUCGCCGGUUGCGACACGUUUUACUCGUGUAAGAAGUCUUGUGUAAGCAACUUCUCUGAUAAAUAUUAUCUUUGCUUUAUUAUUUGCUGUUCUUUUCCUUUCUACUUCGGGAAUAGCAAAGGAGGUUAAAAUAUGAAUGCUGAAAAACUAAAGAAGCUUCAAGCUCAAGUCAGAAUCGGUGGCAAGGGUACUCCUCGGCGUAAGAAGAAGGUUGUACAUGCAACUGCUGCCACAGAUGAUAAAAAGUUACAGAGUUGUCUAAAGAAAUUAUCUGUGAAUACAAUUCCUGGGAUAGAAGAAGUUAAUAUGAUUAAAGAUGAUGGUACAGUGAUUCACUUUAAUAAUCCAAAAGCACAGGCUAGUUUGUCUGCUAACACAUUUGCAAUCACUGGCCAUGGGGAAAACAAACAAAUAACUGAGAUGUUACCUGGUAUAUUGAGUCAGCUUGGUCCUGAAGGUUUGACACAAUUAAAAAGAUUAGCAAGUACAGUUGCUGGUAGUGCAGUUGGCAAAGCAACAUUAGAAGAAGAUGAUGAGGUGCCCGACUUAGUGGAGAACUUUGAUGAAGCUAGUAAAGAAGAGGUUGCUCCAAAAAAGGAACUAGAUGAUACUGAUAAGCCUAAUGGUGAGAAGAAGGAUGCGAUUAUUAUUGAAGAGAAGAAGGAAGCUCCAUUAGCUACACCAGAAGCUUAAAAACAGUGUUGAAAUUUUUUUUUUCAGAUCUUGCAUACAGCCAUUAGUUGUAAAACCAAUUAAGAAAACCAUGAGUUGCAAGAGCAACUGCAUAAACAUGAAUAUAUCUAUAUAUAUGUUACAUAUAAUUGACAUACGUCCCAUGAUAUUUACUAACAUAAGUAACAGUUUGAUAACAAAUAGAAAAGCUGUUACAGAAAUAAAACCAGAAUUCUCUAGCGA